AUGCAGCCCCAGCCCCCCGCGGCCGCCCGCUCUGGGGUCUCACCCCGCCGUGUCCUGCGGGUACCAAAGGAAAAGGGACUUGCGUGGGCGACCCCGGGGGGGGGCCGGAGCGCCCGGCCCAGACUGGCCAGCCUGGUCAUCGAGGAGGCCAACUGGCUCACACUGGAGAAGGACCUGGAGAAGCCAGGGGAUGGGUUUGAUGCAGUCAUCUGCCUGGGCAACUCCUUCGCACACCUGCCUGACUUCGUCAUCGAGGAGGCCAACUGGCUCACACUGGAGAAGGACCUGGAGAAGCCAGGGGAUGGGUUUGAUGCAGUCAUCUGCCUGGGCAACUCCUUCGCACACCUGCCUGACUUCAAAGGGGACCAGAGUGACCACAAGCUGGCCCUGAGGAACAUCGCCAGCAUGGUGCGGCCUGGGGGUGUCCUGGUCAUCGACCACCGCAACUAUGACCACAUCCUGGCCACGGGCUGUGCGCCGCCUGGCAAGAACAUCUACUACAAGAGUGACUUGACCAAGGACAUCACCACCUCGGUGCUACUGGUAAACAACAAGGCACACAUGGUGACCCUGGACUACACAGUGCAGGUCCCCCCCACCGAGGCGGGGGCAGCCCCAGAGCUGAGCAAGUUUCGGCUCUCGUACUACCCGCACCGGCUGGAGGCCUUCACGGCCCUGCUGAAAGGCGCCUUCCAGGGGAAGUGCCAGCACAGCGUGCUGGGAGACUUCCAGCCCUACACGCCGGGGCAGGCCCACGUCCCUUGCUACUUCAUCCACGUCGUGAAGAAGACGGCCUGAGGGAGCCGUAGGGACGAGACUGUGGUGGCUGAGAGCUGCGAGUGGCUCUGGGGACAAGCAGGGGGUUGGGGCCAUCACCGAGAGCCCUCACCCGUUAAUUAAGACCACUCGUGAGAGCUACC